GCUAUGUUUCACUCAGCAGUACAACCCCUCCAACAAUCGCGGAGUCCUGGUGGGCGAAUAUACACUGCUGAUCCUGGUCCAUAUCGAUCGUCAGAGAUCCCACCUCUACCUUCGCUAUCCAUUGCUACGGGUCCUAACCUGCCCAAACCCGCAAACGUUGAGUCCAGCAGUCAGACUAGUUCGGGACCUGUCCCUGGAAGUCCUCUUCGGAGUCUGGGGGCAUUAUCCCAUCAAGCCGAUCGAUUGGUCACAGCUCAGCCAACCUACCCGAGGAUUGAGCAACAAUCACCAAUAUAUGGCUAUGGGCAUUCACAGCCGCCAUUGCAGCGUCCGGCUGUACCUAGAGGUCUCCCAGCUGGACUACAAGGAGGUUACGGCCAUGAGACUCAAAUGCAUGGCCCCCACGAAGGGUACCAGGCAGGGCAAGCUCCAUAUCAAGUUCAAGUCAAUACUGAAGUGCCCAUGGUGAUACCACUAGACGAUCAGUCAGCUUCUCGCUUGGCCGAUGAAAAGCGCAAGCGCAACGCAGGUGCCUCUGCACGUUUCCGAGCUCGAAGGAAAGAAAAGGAGAAGGAGGCAUCCCAGACCAUUUCAGGUUUGCAGCGAGAGCUUCGGGAUCUGAUCGAGGACCGCGACUACUAUCUAUCGGAAAGAAAUUACUACCGUGACCUUGCAGCGAGGCAUGUUCCUUCUGCACAACUAUUGCAACGUCCUCCUUCCCCGCAGCACCUGCGACCUGCAGUGUCGACAGCCCCUACCUCGACAAGCGGUGGGAGCCCCGAACCUUUUAUCUCAGAAGAUCCGUAUCACGAUUAUCCUGAAGCAGGUUCUUCUGCCCAACGACGCCGUACAGGCGACUAUCAACCGUCCUUCGCAGGGUCUCACACGCAUUCACCAUCUCUACCUGCUUAUACCACAGGAUUUAUGGCCCAACCACCAGCACCACUCCAUGCUCUGCCUCCUCCACCUAUGACGAACACCUACGCCCCACCACCAAGGUCUCUGCCUCAUGGACCUCCACCUCCUUCUGUUACCCGAUCGCAAUCCUACGACCCUUUUCGGAGAGAUCCCUACGAUCCAAACUGGCAUUCCGGCCGAUAAUGCACAGGAGACUUUUUUCAUUUCCUAGGAACACUACACAUUUCUCUUUCAUAUCCGAGACGACGAUACCUAGAACGAUGACUAUGAGGGCAACCUCACGAGGCAGCAUCCAAUGCCUGUUAGGGCGAGACAUGAUUCACGAAUGACCGAUGAACACGGGAUGCUCAAACUGUCGUCACAAGGGCACAUUUUCAAGGCCGCUUUGCAUAUAAGUUGGGAGAUGACACAAUGUUGGGAUCAUCUUUCUUGGACUAAUAAUCCCCUUUUUUCAUUUGUGCUGAGCUUUUACAAAGAUACCCCCACUUACCUUGUGUUUCUUGAGUAAUACAUUUUAUUUUAAUCUGCGCGAUGGGAUCGGGAUACCAAAAGAGAGACGGGGGCUGCAACGCCACAAGCACUGCAGGAAAGGCUUUGGGGUUUUGGAUUGGCGUUGUUUUGGGCGAUAUCUGAAUCACCAUGGCGAGGGUGACUGUAC